AUGAGCAUUGUCCACGUCAUAGCCUUGUUGUUAGCCUGUCGAUGUAUAAUUACUGUUGGGGCCGUUGAAUCGGUACCAGCUCUCUCAGCAAGGUCAAUGGCUGCUGAUGUUGACAUGCCGUUUUUCACAGCUUUUUUGAACGAUUUUGGAAGUAACUUUCAGGUGUACACGUCAUACAUGGUUCAAAAUGAUAUCACUCUACCACAAGCGGUGGUAAAUUACUACUACCACCUUGCUCCCAUGACAACUGACAUUGAUCUGAAGAGUGAUAUAAUAAGUCAAUUUCCUUUCACAGAGUUCCAAGUUUUUAUAACUAAAUUCCCAUGGUACUCCUCACUGUUAUCUGAAGCAUCAUUGUCAACAAUUUACCUUCCACAGCAUUUUAUAACGAACGAGCAAUCUGAGAUCAUUUCGAGCACACGUACCUCAAAACGGUUUGCAGCUGUCACUAGUACAUCAGACCCGGCAAAAUCAACUUCUCUCACAAUAGCUUCAACAAGAUCACUUUCCAGUCAAACAACUGCCACCUUGACAAAACAGGGUACUACGUCUUCCAAUUCCAAGACCACUAGUCGAUCUAAUACCAAAUCGAAAAACGGUGUCCCUAAAAAGGCCCCCUCUCUGUUGAUAACUCUCCUUGGUUUAGUAUCAUAUUUAGAUCAUUUUAUGUAA